AUGUGCACCGAUGGCCGCAACACAGCCACUACCGACAUUUCAAGUGGCCAUCGGUGCACUCGGCUGGUCCAUGCGGGCAAUCCGGGUAUAAACAUCAUUACGCCUACUGUAUGCCCUGCCCGCCGCUCGAAGCCCGGAAGGGGCCCAAGUCGCCGGAUCACUCACAGGAGGGAAGGUUUCAAGUUCUCUUUCACUCUAAUUGUCCAUCCUGGCGCCCCAUUACCGGCCGCAAAACAUUCUUCUCGUCAACACUCCAAGUCCAGGAAUUCCGCCUCAUAUCACCACACAGAAUUCACACCAAGGCUGUCACCAAGUAGAGCAGUGGCGGAGCGUCAUAGGCACAUUAAUGCAAAUGCCUGA